UAUGUUGUUUGAAUAUGAGGUCCAUGGAUGUGUCAGGGUUGGCGACGGAAGGGACGGGUUGUGUGAUGGACCUGCCGGGACUUGGGGGCGGGGCAAGGGGCGUGGCCUGGCGCGUGAGAACCGGGGAAGGGAACAGCCAAGAUGGCGGCCGGGAAAGUGAGUGACGGCACGGUCCCCAAGCGGAAGCGGAAGCGCAUCUCCGAAGGGAACUCCGUCUCGUCCUCCUCGUCAUCCUCCUCCUCUUCCCACCUGGAGACCACGUCAAACAACAACCAGUUUUCCCUGAUGCAGUGGCCCAUGUACAUGCUGGACUACGGCGGCCUCAAUGUUCCGCUUCCGGGAGCCAUGAAUUCUUCGGACCUCAGUUUCUGAACCAGAACCUCCGAACAAAACAAAACAAAAGAAAUAAUGAACGGUGUGUAAUUUUCGUUUGUACAAAUUGUAUAUUAUUCCAAUAUGUAUUGAUGCCUUUUAGUUUUUCCAAUGAUUUUUACACUAUAUUCCUGCCGCCAGGGCCUUUUUAAGUAAAAAAAGAAUAAGAAGGGUUGCCUUGCUCUGAAAAAUCAAACCGUUUCCUGUUUUUUUUUUAAUCUUGAAACGAACAAAUACCGUUUUGUAAUAAACAAAAAUACAAAACAAGAGCCGGGCGAGCGAGCAAGGCUCAGUCGUAAAUGCUCUUUUUUAAUUGAAUUAUUAUUAAUAAUAAUAAAAGUGCUUUACAGUGA